AACCUGUUUUUGCUAUUUCUUUAGCUCUAUCUUAUUUUGUGUUUUAGUAUCUUUGCCGUGGACGUAUUUCAAUCAAAGAAACACAAAACUUGGUGAUGCUGUGAGAAACAAAACAACAGAGUAAACCAAAAGCAAACUACUUUGUACUUUGAAGUAAUAACAGAAAGAAGAAAAUGGCUUCUUACACUUCUUCUUCUGCAAUUUCAUCAUCUUCUCUUCGCAUAACAAAUUCAAUGCCCAUAAAGGGUCUUCUCUCCUUCCCUCCCACUCCAUCUCCUCUCCUUUCUUUCCACAAAGCCUCUACCUUUAUUUCUUUGCGUGCUUCCAAUAAGCCACUCACCAAGUCUUUUCAAGUGAGAGCAGUGGCGACUCCUACAGAAUCUGUAGCGGGGUUUGAUGACAUGGUUGCUGGGACUGAGAGGAAAUAUUACAUGCUAGGUGGGAAAGGAGGGGUAGGGAAGACAAGUUGUGCCGCUUCACUUGCUGUUAAAUUUGCAAAUAAUGGACACCCGACUCUUGUGGUUUCCACUGAUCCAGCUCAUUCUUUGAGCGAUUCUUUUGCUCAGGAUUUGACAGGAGGAGCAUUGGUUCAGGUGGAUGGACCUGAUUAUCCACUUUUCGCUCUUGAAAUAAACCCUGAAAAAGCUAGGGAUGAUUUUCGAGAUGCAGCUAAACAAAAUGGUGGAAGUACUGGAGUAAAAGAUUUCAUGGAUGGCAUGGGUCUUGGAAUGAUAGUAGACCAGUUAGGAGAGCUAAAACUGGGAGAGUUACUGGAUACACCUCCUCCUGGACUGGAUGAAGCUAUUGCGAUUUCCAAGGUUAUGCAAUUUCUUGAAUCACAGGAAUAUAAAAUGUUCACUCGAGUUGUAUUUGAUACUGCCCCUACAGGUCAUACAUUACGUUUAUUGUCCUUGCCUGAUUUCUUGGAUGCAUCAAUUGGGAAGAUACUAAAACUAAGACAAAAGAUAGCUUCUGCUACCUCUGCAAUUAAAUCCGUGUUUGGGCAAGAAAAAAAUCCUCAAGAUGCGGCUGAUAAAUUGGAGAAACUUAGGGAGAGGAUGAUAAAAGUGCGUGACCUUUUUCGUGACACUGAUGCGACAGAAUUUGUUAUUGUUACAAUCCCAACGGUGAUGGCGGUUAAUGAGUCAUCUAGAUUGAGCGCCUCCUUGAAGAAGGAAAAUGUUCCUGUGAAGAGACUUAUUGUCAAUCAGAUUCUUCCACCAUCCGCAUCUGAUUGCAAGUUUUGUGCUGUGAAAAGAAAGGAUCAAACGCGUGCUCUUGAUGUGAUUCGGAGCGAUCCAGAACUCUCUAGCUUAUCGAUGAUCCAAGCACCACUUGUUGAUGUUGAAAUAAGAGGUGUUCCUGCUCUCAAAUUUCUAGGUGACAUUAUCUGGAAAUGACUCAUUACAGUUUUUCAAGUAAUGAUUAGUUGGCAGUUUUGUGAAGAAGAAGAAAGAACACAUAACUUGAGCACAUGACAUCAAGGCUUAUCAGAUUUAUACAGUCAAGUGGUAGCUGCUGGAAGAACCAAAAAGUUUAUUUUAUUUUAUUUUUUAUUUUAUUUCUUAUAUACAUUUCACAGAGAAAAGAAACUUAACUAGUUACUGUAUAUUCCCUGAUCCACUAGCUUGUAUUUGAAACUAUUUUUUUAGCUCUUCAUUUUAGCUUUUGCUUGUUUUUCUUUUAUAUCCCAUAUAUGAAAAUGUAAGUUUUCACUGUAUAUUGCGAACCAUAUUUUUCUCUUUUGGUUGAAUGA